AUGUUGAGCGUGUGUGCGCAGUGUGCGCUAAUCCCUUCUGGCACGCCGGAGCGAGUGUGGGCAAUCGGCGACCUGCAUGGCGACGUCGGCUGCGCCCUACAUUGGGUGGAGCGCACGGGGCUGCUGCGGAAUGCAUCGUUGCCAGCGGCGGAGUGGGAGUGGACAGAGCCGUCGAGCCAGCUGGUGUUCUUGGGCGACUACAUCGACCGGGGACCGGACUCGAAAGCCGUACUCACCCUGGUGCGAGAGCUAACUUUGCGCUUCCCUGAGCACGUGCAUGCUCUCCUCGGAAACCACGAGCUGAACCUCCUUCUCGACCGGGCGAGGAGCCCCAGCGGCGGCCGCUACCUCGAGUACGCCUACGCCGCUGCUCACCCGGCGCAGUACGAGGCGUGGCUGCCCGAGGGCGUGCAGAUGGUGCCCGACGGCCCGUCCUCGAUCGUCGAGUUCGUGCGCCCCAAGGCCGCGCGCCCGCGCGUUGCAGACGCCCUCCGCCGUUGGCAGCGUGCAUACAUGCGCGGCGCCGCGGCGCUCGCGCAGUCGGACCUCGUCGCCUUCGCGUCGGAGAUGGUUGAGUACCGAGGGCUGCACGGCUCGUACGCAGGCAGGUACGCCGACCGCCACUCGCGGCGUGGUCGACGGCGCGCCGCGCCUCCGGAGCAGGUUGCUUGCGACCGCGUCGCGGCGGUGCUGCGCCGGCUGAACGUGUCACGCAUUGCGGUCGGCCACACGCCCGAGGACAGCGUGCGGGAGCCGAGGAUCUGCGCGCCGCGGCGCGAGGCGUGCGAGGGGCAGAUCGUGCGCCUCGAGCGGAGGGACGCGCGGGCGGCGUGGGUGCUGCACGUCGUGGAGAGCGAGCCGGACAUCGAGCGAGACGAGGGCGCCGUCGAGGACAUGAAGCUGGAGCUGCGGUGA